AUGGCGACUAUGGUGCAGGCCGAGAGCGUGACCAGCGUGCCCACGCCCGCCCACUUCAAGGAUUUCAAAGAAGGCGCUGUCAUGGAUGUGCAGGAGAUUCCGAGUGGCGCCCGGCCCUCGCUCUUGAUUGUGCACAAUGACGGCGAGGAGGAUAUCGUGGGCAUCUUCGCAGACGUCCUGGGCCAGCAGUGGGCGUCAGCGAAUUCGCUCGACGAUGCGACGGCAGGACCCCAGUCGACCGUCUACGGCCUCAGCAAGAAGCUGGCCAGCACACAACUCGCCAACUGGGACCGCUCGAGACUGCUCAUUAACACGCACCGUGUCGACGGAGAGCACGACCUGGAUGAGAGCCUCACGGACCGAUGCGACUACGAAUAUCUCUACACACGCCAGCCCUUUUUUCGCCGCGACGUCGCCCGCUUCCUCUCUUUCAUCCUGGGCCAAAUUGGCCCUCACCGCGAUCUUACCAAGAAGGCGCGCACCACAUUGAUCUCCACCACCUUUCCCGACGUACACGCCGCACUCCCCAACCUCGACAUCCUCUCGGUAGGCGCAGACGCGAUCGAGAUUCGGGUGGACCUGCUCGAGGAGCCUCUGCAGGACGGAACAGUCAGCAGGAUCCCCAGUCUCAAGUAUGUUGGGGAGCAAGUCAUGGUCCUGCGCCAGCGCACAGAACUGCCCAUCAUCUUCACGACGAGAUGCACAAAGGAGAAUGGGCGGUUCCCCAUGGACGACCCCAACCUGUUCUACCGCUAUCUGGCGCGCGCGAUACAAUGGGGCUGCGAGUACAUCGAUGUGGAACUGUGGCUGCCAGAGGAGAUUAGACGGAAGCUGUCGGAAAACAAGGGAUGUACGAAGAUCAUCUCCGCGUUUCACGACUUCUCGGGCACGUUCAAGUGGACGUCGCCUGAAACGCAGAGAUUGUUCGAGUUGGGAGCGGUGUAUGGGGACAUUGUCAAGAUGUAUGCGCUGGUCACGUCGAUGCAAGAGAACUACGAGCUCGAGUACUUCCGCUCCACUAUACAAGCAAAGUAUCCCCACCCUCCCUUCUCCGGCCUCAACAUGGGUCCCAUGGGCCAACUGUCGAGGACACUGAACAAGAUAUUCACGCCAAUCACACACCCACUGCUGCCCAUGAUUGCAGCGCCAGGACAGCUAAGCGCAGCCGAGAUCAAUGCAGCGCUGCACACCAUGGGCCAGAUGCCCAAGCAGGACAUUUAUGGCAUAGGCAGCUUCCGAUCGACGUCGCAAGCCAUGUUCUUUGAAAAGUGCUUCAACGAGCUUAGUUUGCCACAUUCCUUUGGGUUUGCGGAGAGGGCGCCCAAGGCGUCGAUUGAGCACAUCCUCCGUCGACCUAAUUUCGGUGGUGCGUACAUCAACCCGCCCUUGGCAGCCUCGGCAGCGUAUCUGCCAUCCCUCUCUAAUGCUGCUCGUGCUAUCGGCCAAGUCGACACGGUGCUGGUGCGGUCAGGGACGGGCAACGGGACGUUUAUUGGGGACAACACGAGGUGGAGGGGGAUUCGCGCGACAUUGACCCGAGAUUUUGUGCCCUCUGCGUACAGCGGACAGGCAGCGCUGCUAUUGGCGAGCAACGAGGGGGAUGCGUCGGCGUCGAUAUUCGCAUUGAAGAACUUGGGCAUUGGCCCUAUUUACACGAUUGGUUUCAAGUCGCAUGGACCACUGUCGACUGACGUGUCGCCGGUGCGGUCGGUAGAGGACGUGAAACGGCUGGAACAGCCGUUUGUGAUCAUCUCGGCUCUGCCUGCUGAGAAGUCGCUCUUGGUCGUACCCCUGCUGAAGCACUACCGGGUCGAGGGCAGGCAUGGGCACACCCACGGUCACGGGCUCGCAGGAGGCAAGUCUGCAGGCAAGGUGUUUGUCGACUUGGCCAGUGGGCCUCGGAAAGGCGAUCCACUGGCGAUUGCCACAUCGGCGGGCUGGACCGCAUAUGGCAUGGCGGAUGUGUCUGCCUGGACGACGGUGGAAACGAUUCGGAAGCUGGUGGGACAGAACGGUAUCAUCAGGGCAUUACACAGCAUGAGUCAAGGCUUGGACAGUACUCAAUAUGAAUCAGACGGCGUGGCCGUGGGACGUGGAUGUGAACCGUGUGAAGAUUUGGCCAUGGUCAGUGUGUACACAUGCUCAGGGACGGCCAGUCAUUUCAUUUGCCGCCAGAAGCAGAGGGGGGACGAUGAGGAUGCAUGGCAUGGCAGCAUGGCAGCAUGGCAGCAUGGCAGCAUGGGCAGGGAUAGGCGGGUAGCUCGCCGUAACGGGCGCUUCAUGAUUAGGGCAGUAUAG